AAACCCACUGGUCGGUGCAGUCAGUAGCGUAUCCAGUGCUGAGUACAGUGAGUUCUUACAACUGCCCGUCUCUUACUUAACCACCCAGUUUAAUUACAGAAAAGUCAUUCUUCGUUCGAGGGAGGGAGAGACAAGAACGACAGGCGACUUGGCACAGAUAGUAAAUAAAUAGAACGGUCAAACGACAAGAAUCUAGAGUUAACUUAAAGGUACUUGGUGAAUUCGUUUAGCCAACUACCAAGAUAUCGCUUUACGUUUCUGUUGCUGUAGACAGAAGCAAAUCUGGAUUUAUCCAUUCAUUCGGAAGGCUACCGCUCGCCUCCAGCUCUUGCUGUUAGAUGCCUGGUUUCUAAUAGCUAGCUGUUGCCGGGGGCAGAUAGCCUACGCUGUGCACUGUCGGACGGCGACUUUUCAAAAAAGUUGCUAAGAACGAAAAUAAAACGGCUUCGAUUUUAAGGUCGAUAAAAGAGUCUGCUGAAGACGGGGAGCAUGGAGUCGACAAAAGCAGGAGGUGUAAUAGCAUACAUAAGCUCCUCAAGCUCCGCCUCCAGCCCGGAGUCCUGCCACAGCGACAGCUCCAACGGCAGCUACCAGUCCUCCUCACCGACCCAUAGCUCCUCCUCUUCCUCCUCCUCCUCCUCCUCGGGCAGUGGGCGGGGCCCGACGGCCGACUCCGCCCACCCGCACGCCCAACCCCGGACCCCUGCCGCAGCCAAGGCCGGGCGCUCCGCCUCGUCCGCCAAGGGCGGCAUUACGAAGAUCAGCGGCCUGGUGUUGCUGUGCAAGGUGUGCGGCGACGUGGCCUCGGGGUUCCACUACGGCGUCCACGCCUGCGAGGGCUGCAAGGGAUUCUUCCGGAGGAGCAUCCAGCAGAACAUCCAGUACAAGAAGUGCCUUAAGAGCGAGAACUGCCCCAUCGUCAGGGUCAACCGCAACCGCUGCCAGCAGUGCCGCUUCAAGAAGUGUCUGCUGGUGGGCAUGUCCCGGGACGCGGUGCGUUUCGGGCGCAUACCCAAGCGGGAGAAGCAGCGGAUGCUCCUGGAGAUGCAGAGCGCCAUGAACGACAUGAUGAACAACAGCCAGCUGCACGCCAACCAGGCCCCGCCCCUCGGAGACCAGGCCCCGCCCCUCGCCGACCUGGCCCCGCCCCUCGCCCACCUGACCCCGCCCCUCGGUGGCCAGUCCCCGGUGUCCGUCUCAGACCCCGCCCCUGGCGGCUCCAGCCCUGCCCGCUCCCGCUGCCUGCCCGCCCCCUCGCCUGGGCGUGGCCAGCAGGAGCCCCGCCCCGACCCAGAGCCCCCGGUCGCCAUGGACACCUCCUCGAGCUCCGCCUCCUCCUCCAGCGGGUCGGAGAGCGGGGAGGAGGAGGUCGUCGGCACGGUGACCAGGGCUCACCAGGAGACCUUCAUGUACAACCAGGAGCAGGAGGAGAGCUCGGCCCCCAGUGCCCCGCCCCCUCAGGGGCGUGGCCAUGGAGAGUCAGGAGGCGUGGCCCAGGAGAACCGGGAGGGCUGGAACCAGCGGAACAACAUCGCCAGCAUGGCGCUGGGGCCCCGCCCACUCCCGCCCGCCAUGGGCCACUACCGCGAAGACCCCGCCCACAGCUACUGCCCCGCCCGGCUGGCCGACAGCGCCCCCUCUGGCCACUGCCCCGCCUACGCGCACAGCUUUCACAGAGCCCACGGUCUCCCACAACAUGCCGCCAGCUCGCGGCCUCUCUGGAGCGGAGGCACAGAUAUGCACUCUGUGUGCCCCAUGAACGUCUCCCCGCACGUGGACCCCCACAUGUCUGGCCGGGACGUGUGGGAGGAGUUCUCGCUCAGCUUCACCCCGGCGGUGCGCGAGGUGGUGGAGUUCGCCAAACGCGUCCCGGGGUUCCGGGACCUGUCGCAGGCCGACCAGGUCAGCCUGCUGAAGGCGGGGACGUUCGAGGUGCUGGUGGUGCGCUUCGCCUCGCUGUUCGACGCGCAGGACCGCACGGUCACCUUCCUGAGCGGUAAGAAGUACGGCGUGGAGGCCCUGCGCUCCAUGGGCGCCGGACACCUGCUCACCUCCAUGCUGGACUUCACCCAGAAGCUGACGGCCCUGGGCCUGAGCGAGGAGGAGAUGAGCCUCUUCACCGCCGUCCGUCUGCUGAGCGCAGAUCGUUCCGGGAUAGAGAACGUGAACUCUGUGGAGGCCCUGCAGGAGACGCUGAUCCGGGCCCUGCGGAGCCUGAUCAUGAAGAACCACCCCAACGAGGCGGCCAUCUUCACCAAGCUGCUCCUCAAACUGCCCGACCUCCGCUCCCUCAACAACAUGCACUCCGAGCAGCUGCUGGCCUUCAAGGUGCACCCCUGACUCCGCCCGCCAGGGCUCCUCCACCAAUGGGAGGUGGGGGACACUUCCCGCGGACCACGCCCACUGCCCUCGUAAACACUCAGUGGACUCCUUGCUCCUGGUCGUGGUGUUCUACGCUCGGAUCAGAAGGUUCUGCGUCUUGUUAGUGAUCAGGAGGAUGGAUUAGUGGACAGACAGAAAAAGCUAACAUAAAAUGUGUUUUUGUGUUUAAAGGAAGGCAGUUAAAUCAUUGUACUGUAUUUAAAAAAAAAACUAGAAAAAAAAGCCCUUUUUGUAAGAGGCCUGUAAAUUGUGGUUAUGCACACACACACACGCAUGUGAGUACGCACAAACCCUUAAAAAACCCACGUGAAAUGCGUGUGCGUGUGUGAGCUUGCGCUGAACGGCCUGUGUAUAUAGCUUUUUGUUGUUUUGUUUCUUGAAAAGCAACUUUUUUUUUUACAGUGUAAAACGCGUACAGUUGUGUCGUUGCAUAGUGAGUGCAAUGUGUGACUCUGUUUGUGUCUUUAUUUUAAAUUUUUUUUUUUUUUUUGUUGUUUAUUUCCUGUUGGGGUCCGAGUUUUAAGAGCUGUCACUGACACCGUCACAUUUUAUAGGGGGGCGGAGCUUAAGUAAACAGCAUUGGGUUUGAGGUCCCAUUUUGAAAUCAAAGGACGUAUGGGUUUCCUGUUCAGUUUGAGUUCUGGGGGGGGGGGGGGGGAAUUCGGGCUUUGAUAUGCUAAGCCCGCCCCCAGCCCCCCUCCCCCGUCCCUCGUCCCUCCCCCAAUAUGAAUUCCCUGCCAGAAACAGGAACAGGAUGUGGCUGUCACAGCUUAGCGCAAGGUGGCUCCUCCUCCUUCCUGUCUGAGGUACCUGCACAGGUGAGACGUACCCAGGGAUGUAAAUAUGGGGUGGAUUCUGGGAAGGUGAAAGAAAAAAAAGACUCUUAUUUUACAUUUUAACUGAUGGUCCGUUUGUAUAUCUGUGUUAGAGACGUUAUCGUGGUCAGUGAUUUUUGUAAAUGUUUUCGUUGUUCUUUCAUUUUAAUUUUUUUUUCUUGGAAGAAGUAAUGACAAAGUAUUUUAGUAUUUCAGUUUUUUUUUGUUUUUAAACUGAGGGUACAGAGUUGUUUGAACCGAACUCAAGACUGCCACCUGCUGGGACUGUACAAAAACUACAAGCGAGUGCAUUUCCCCCUCGAGGCUGCCUCUACUGCGGCUACCGCGCGCUACUUCCUGUCUGAGCUACCGGGACUGAAGAAAAUGUGCGACACGCGAAACACACGCGUGCCACACGCGGACCACGCGCAGCGGACUCCCAGCGGUUCUUCUCAGACGGACUGGGGGGGGGGGUCGAGGUUCGCAAUGGGAGGUGGGAUGAAAGUACAUUUAAGAUGUACUGGGUUUUUUUUUUUUGUGACACUCAAUUUCCAUAGACAGAGCUUGUCACUGCUGCCUGGUUAUGGUCAUGAUAUUGUGAAUUUUAUUUUUUAAAGUCCUGGUAGAAUUUUAGUUCUGAUCAUGUGCAAAAUGAGAGAAAUGUGAUGUGUGCUGUACUGUGUCUAAGGCACUCAGAACACUUAAACAGAAACAGCCAUGUCGACCAGGCACCUCCAACCUACCAUGUGUAAACUACAUAUAAUCCAUAAUCCCCCUCGAUCGUUCUGUCAUAGUUGUACUAUUUUUAUCUGAACAGAUUGUAGUUUCAUAAGUCGACUGACAUGAUUGUAUUGUGUUCUCGGCAUGAUUGUAAAGUCACACAUUCAGAGCUUGCGAGAGGGGCGUGGCCGAGGUGACAGGGCAUUGUGGGAUUGUGGGGUGCCUGGCACAUGUCUUUUGAUCUGGAGGGAGGGAGGGAGGGAGGGAGGGGGGGGGGGGGGUGUCUAUAACCCCCGAGUUUUGGAGCAUCCAUUUCACGCACCCUGUCUGAAUUCCAGUUUACCUGCAACUCACUGCUUACUGGGCGUGUUAACACAACUAACACAAGCUACACAACAAAGCUGUUCGGUUUUGUGAUUAUUAUAAUGCUCUUGGCGGAAAAGCGUUGUGUUGCAUGCAACAUGCUCACAGCCUGCCUGUUAACGCGUAACAAAUCUUAUGUACUGUAUUUAUGAAUUAUGAAAAAUGUACUCCCACACUUUUGCUUGAAGGUGUGGGAAGCUGGUCCAAUGCAUUUUAUGACGUGGUCCAGACAACGAGCAUUUUAAUCGCACCCGAAUCCCGUUCCCGAGCCGGUCGCGAAUGAAGCGCGACCGCGUUGUUACCAGAAGCAGUGAACAAGGUGACGCGGAGGACAGAGGGUGUGUGGACGUGGUAUGGACGUCCUUCAGAACAGCUGUUUCAAUCUCCGUUGUGAAUCCUGCAGUGCUGUUUUGUGGUCUGUCCUCGUUUUCUCCUGUAAACGCAUCGUGACAUAAGUUAGACUUAUAUAAAUUUCUCUCUCUCUAUAUAUAAACGGCAUAUAAAUAUAUAAAUAUAUAAAAUACAAAUAUACCAAUAUGAAUAAACGUGUAUAUAUGAAGAACUUUGUACGAGGAUGUAAUUUUCUUCACAAAGUGUUUAAGAAGUGUCAAAAACUGCGGUGAGUACAAACAUCAAUGUUUGUAAUUCUUUUCUGAAGAUCUAGAUUUGUACAUUUGGUAUUAGCCUGCUGACAUUCUUGACUUUAUGAGGGUAACGCCUACUUGAACGUCGAUGUUUACAUCUGCUUCUUAAAAAAAUACACCACGUUUUAUGACGUUCUGACGAUCAAUAUUUAACAGCUACAUUCAGACAGCAUCUAUCGUAAGUCUUCACGGUUGAUGUUAGCGCUCGCUUGCGUAACACUCUUUGAUGAGAUGGCGAUUUAAAACAGACAGUUUUAGCAAAGUACCUCUGUUUAAAAUCACAUUUCUCGGGAACGAGUUCCAAACCCAAGCACAAACCGCAAUAGCGCCCUCUACCGGAUAGGAGCGGCGCUUCGACCGCAAAAUUCACAGUUUCAGGUCAAUUUGGUCUUGUUUGGUUACAAAAAGAGAUCGUUUUGACCUGCUAUCGGUGAUUCUCGAGUGCUUCGUAAUUACAUUUGACCCAAACUGGUAUGCAGAGUAACUCCACUGAUUCAUGAAUGCGUGAAGACGAUUAACUGAACAAAUAGGCUUCGUAUCGUAGUUAGCCUUAGGCAAAGCAACAUUUCCACAAAGAAUAUACGAGCCAAUACAAACUACCUGGAGUAGUUUAGGCUACACCAGCGUGGGGCCAAUUCUGGAGCAGGUUUUGGUUUUAGCCCAGCCCAACGACACCUGAUGAACCUAAUUAACUAAAUAUGGUCUUCAAUCAAGACCUUGGUAAGCAGAAUGCGGUGCUUUUGUGCUGGACUAACCAAAAAACUUGCACCCACACCGACCCUUUUUGGAUAAGACAGGACACCCCUGGCCCGCGCACAACGUAGCUUUCGCUUGAUGAGGUCCAAGCCCGAUUAAACCGCGUAUGGUACCACGGUGAGUGACACCCCCUUCCAAUAUCUUAUAACUACGGGCCGAUAGGCCUAGCUUUCAUUUUCUAGCAAUAUAUUACUUGAAGGAGUGUAACGGCAAUUCUCGUAAAUGUUGUGGAAUAUUGCCGAGCUAUCGCGUAUUUCUGCAUGGCGAUAAACUGUUUCGAAGGCCCGCUUUUGCCAGGGAAACAAAGCAUUACUAUAUUUAUCCUAACUUCCAAGCCUCGCCAUCAAAUGCAAAAUAUACGUGAAGCGGAAGUGAGGGUAAUAGAGUAUCGAUCCAGUUGAAGUUAGAAUCUACGGAAUAAAAUGCUCAUGCAUGUUCAGACCAACAAAUGUUUCGGUCGUGUGUAUUGCAUGUAACAUGCUGAUGUCUGUAUGUACAGUAGGCCUACUGUUUUAUGCAAAUGUGUGUCAAAUUGAUGCCAGCCUCAUGCUAUUAAACAAUCGGCGAAGACGCUAAUUUCACAGAA